CACAUGCUCGAAUUGGUGCUGAACCUGCUACUGGAAUUGAAAUUGGAAUUGGAGCUGGACCUGAAGCUGGACCUAAUAGAGCUGGAGCCACCACCAACAACUUGAACUUGGCAACCCUACAAAACAACAACAGCCAAUCCACAAACCUCACAUAUUUCAACCAAGUUACUGCUAGGCCUUGUUUAAUUCCAGCCAACAACUUUCCUACUACUAUCAACCAUUCUCCUGGUUUUGUCUCCACAAAGCCUGAACAAAUAUAUUCUGGCUCAUUAAGAGGUUCGGCGCCGAAUGGCGCUUCUGCAUCAAAUAAGGAGAUGGAAUAUGUAACAGGCUCGUAUAAGGCCGUGACGUCUCCGGCGGCGAAGAGGACAUAUCUCAGCGCCGCGCUAUUUGGCAUUGCAGCCUUGGUGCUGUUAUCUAUUGCUGCUCUAGCUUAUCCCGUCUUCUACUACAACUAUGUACCUAAGAAAGUAAUAUCCAUCCCCGUUCACCUGCAGUAUGACUCCGGUCUCAACCCUUAUGGGGUCACAUCACUCGCCUCUAACCUCAUGCUGGAGCAAGCCUACGACGUGUCCGUGGAGCUAACGGUCCCACGGUCCCCACGAAACCUCGAGAGGGGCAAUUUCAUGGUGGCGCUGUUCGCGAUAAAAUCACAGCCAGAGAACCCGGCUCUUUCCUUUUCAUUUUCGGCCAUGACAGAGGACCCGUACUCGCACGUGAGAGAGGACAAUGUAGUAUUUAUGAGCCGCCGGCCCACCUUGAUCCCAUAUAAAGACCCGCUCGUUAGCACAGCUUCACGCAUCCUAUUACUAUUGAUUCACAUCAUGAACCCCGGUGCUUCGGAGACGACGACACUCAAUAUCCCGAUGGGUGAGCUCGUCGAGUUCAGAGACGUGCUCCCGCUCAGUAUCUUGCUAGACGUGCAGGGAGGGCAGACAUUGCAAGUAUACUCAGCCACUGUCACGCUUGUUGCACGGCUCACGGGAAUCCGAUGGGCCAUGUACAAUCACCGCAUCAUCUCAUUUGUGAUAUGUACGACGAUAUUUUGGAUUGCGGAAAUAAUAUCGACGGGGUUGGUAUGGCUUCUCCUGAGUUCUUUAUUAGCCGACCAGGAGCCUCGCGGCGGGCAAGGGAUUCAACGAGACGCUAUAGCUGGUGGUCCUAGAAUACGCCAGGCAAUGCCUAUUGCUUCUCGUCCAGGAGAGGUUAAAAACGAGGAAACCUUAAAAGUCAAGGAAGAAGACGAGGAAGACGAUGGUGAUGAUGAUAUAAAAGUCAAAGAGGAAAGUCCAGAAAGGGAGUCACUGGUAGAUCAGCCCGCAGAUGAUGAGGAUGAUGGCGAAGAUGCUUUGAGGGAGCCACAGGCCGCUGGAACCAGCUUUAGUCGUGAAGGAGAAGACAGUAUACGCAGACGUUCGUCACGAGGAGGCAGGUCUUAGUUCUUGAUGGUGUAUGAUUUCUUGAGAGACAACACAUGACACCCACAUACGGGUUUAACUAAUUAAUUUCUGCGUAGUAGUGGCUUUAGAUAUCUACCUAGGUAGGCACCUGGGUAGAUAAUAAAAACAAAUACAGGUACACCUUAACCUGACUUGUCUAAUCGAAACAUUUGCUGUUUAUUGAUGGACAUCUGGAUAGCAUAUAUCGCCA